GACUCCGAGGACAGCACUCUGCAAGCACUUAGCUUCGGAAGGAGAGGUGAUUCGAAUGGCCCGGCUCUUGCCAUCGUGCUAGGAGAUUUGGCCGCCCAGGUGCUGACCUGAACCUGGUCCAUCCUUUUCCAACCAAAACUGUUCACCCACGGUGGAAGGGACCAGGCAGCCCAAUGGAUACACUACCAGUCAGCCCAGUGGGAGAGGAAGACAUCUCUCAACCGCAACAACAAUGGGAAAAGAACCCCUUGGAGAAUCUUGAUUCAACUACUCAGAUUAGGCAGCAACCCCGAGACCCUCCUACCCAAACCCUUGAGCUGGUAGUGAGCCCAGAUCCUGCCUGCCAAAUUCUAGAGAAUCCUCAAGGGACUGAAAAACCAGUCACUGGACUUGAAGGAGACUCUGAUAAGUCUCAUGGACCAACCAGCGGGGUGCCCGAGCCCCUUCAAGCUUCUGAUUUCUGGUACUGUCCUGAUGGGAGUUUUGUCAAGAAGAUCUUAAUCCGUGGCCAUGGCUUGGAUAAACCCAAGCUAGGCUCCCACUGCCGGGUACUAGCUUUUGGUUUUCCUUUUGGGUCAGGGCCACCAGAGGGCUGGACAGAGCUAACCAUGGGUGUAGGGCCAUGGAGGGAGGAAACUUGGGGGGAGCUCAUAGAGAAAUGUUUAGAGUCCAUGUGUCAAGGUGAGGAAGCAGAGUUUCAGCUCCCUGGGCACUCUGGCCCUCCUGUUAGGCUCACACUGGCCUCCUUCACUCAGGGCCGGGACUCCUGGGAGCUAGAGACUAGCGAAAAGGAGGCUCUGGCCAAGGAAGAACGUGCAAGGGGCACAGAAUUAUUUCGAGCCGGGAAUCCUGAAGCAGCUGCCCGGUGCUAUGGACGGGCCCUUCGGCUGCUGCUGACUUUACCCCCACCUGGUCCUCCAGAACGAAUCGUCCUUCAUGCCAAUCUUGCUGCCUGUCAGUUGCUGCUAGGGCAGCCCCACUUGGCAUCCCAGAGCUGUGACCGGGUGCUGGAGAGGGAGCCUGGCCAUUUAAAGGCCUUAUACCGAAGGGGAGUUGCUCAGGCUGCCCUUGGGAACCUGGAAAAAGCAACUGCUGACCUCAAGACGGUGCUGGCGUUAGACCCCCAAAACUGGGCAGCUCAAGAGGAGCUGAGGAAAGUAGUCGUUCAGGGGAAGAAACAGGAUGCCAGGCUUGCUAAAGGUCUGCGCAAGAUGUUUGGCUGAUUAAAAGUUAAACCUUAAAAAA